AUGGCGGCCGCGCCUUCCGAGCUGCUCCUGCUGCCUCCUCCUGCAACCCUCGGUUCCUAUCGCCUCCCGAGCCGCGGUCGUCCUUCCGCCCCAGGGACUGAUGGUCGUCGAGCCGGGGCCACCAUGAGAGGCGAGAAAAAUUACUACUGCCGUGGGGCUGCGGGGGAUCACGGUUCCUGCCCCUCAACGCCGUCGCCUCUGACCUCGACCCUCCUGCUGCCGGCGGACGUGUCAAGUAGCUGGUCGGGGCCUGGCAGUGGGCUGUCGGGAGGAGAUGAGGAGGAGACUCGGCUCCUUCAACUCCUGCGCGCCGCACCGGAUCCUUCCGAGGCGUUCCAGGCUCUGCAGGCUGCCUUGCCGCGGCGGGGGGGGCCCCCCGGGGUCUCCCGAGUGCUAGUGGAAGGCGGCGGCGAUGAGAAGAGACUCUGCUUGCAGCUCCUCUCGGACGUCCUUCGGGGCCAGGGGGAGGCGGGUCAGCUGGAAGAGGCCUUUAGUUUAGCGCUUUUGCCCCAACUAGUUGUCUCGUUACGAGAGGAUAAUCCAGCCCUACGGAAAGAUGCGCUGCAGAUCCUGCAUAUUUGUCUGAGGCGUAGUUCUGGCCAGGUCCUGAGAACGCUGAUCCAAGGCCUGGAAAGUCCAGAUGCCCGGCUUAGAGCUUCCACCGCGCUGUUGCUCCCUAUCUUGCUUACUCCUGAGGAUUUGUUGCAGGGCUUGGAUCUCACGGAGAUAAUAAUAUCUCUGGCCCGAAAACUUGGCGGCCAAGAGAUGGAACAAGAAUCCGAGACAGCAUUCUCGACACUUCAACAAAUUGGAGAACGACUUGGUCAAGAGAGGUUUCAAUCGUACAUCUCUCGUCUGCCCUCUGCUCUGAGGAGGCACUACAACCGCCGCCUGGAGUCCCAGUUUGGAAGUGAGGUUCCUUAUUAUUUGGAGCUAGAAACCUCUGGGUUUUCUGAAGAUCCUACCCCUUGUGUAGUGGCUCUUUCCAGUAGCAAUCUUAAAUUUGGGAUUAUUCCUCAGGAGCUGCAUGCAAGAUUGUUAGAUCAGGAAGACUAUAAGAACAGGACUCAGGCUGUUGAAGAACUAAAACAGUUGCUGGGAAAAUUUAACCCAAGUUCUACCCCUCAUUCUAGUCUUGUUGGUUUCAUUAGCUUGCUGUAUAAUUUGUUAGACGAUUCCAAUUUCAAAGUGGUCCAUGGCACACUUCAAGUUCUGCAUUUACUGGUCAUUCGCCUGGGAGAGCAGGUACAACAGUUUUUGGGACCAGUUAUAGCGGCUUCUGUGAAAGUGCUAGCAGACAACAAGUUGGUGAUCAAGCAGGAAUACAUGAAAAUCUUUCUAAAGCUAAUGAAAGAAGUAGGCCCUCAGCAGGUGCUUUGUUUGCUCCUGGAAAAUCUCAAACAUAAGCAUUCCAGAGUCAGAGAGGAAGUAGUGAACAUUUGCAUCUGUUCCCUCCUGACCUAUCCCAGUGAGGAUUUUGACUUAUCCAAACUGUCUUUUGAUCUUGCUCCAGCUCUUGUAGAUAGCAAACGCAGGGUACGCCAAGCAGCUCUAGAAGCCUUUGCUGUUUUGGCAUCAUCAAUGGGCUCAGGUAAAACCAAUGUCCUUUUUAAAGCUGUAGAUACUGUUGAAUUGCAAGAUAAUGGAGAUGGAGUGAUGAAUGCUGUGCAGGCCAGAUUGGCCAGAAAAACUCUACCACGGCUAACAGAGCAGGGAUUUGUGGAGUAUGCAAUACUCAUGCCAUCUUCUGCCCAGGGUAGGUCAAGCCAUUUGGCACAUGGAGCAGAUACAGACUGGCUUAUGUCUGGUAACAGAACUCAGAGUGCACACUGUUACUGUGGUGACCACACGAGGGACAGCAUGCAGCUGUAUGGAUCCUACAGUCCAACGAUCUGUACCCGAAGGGUAUUAAGUGCUGGAAAGGGGAAAAACAAAUUACCAUGGGAAAAUGAGCAGCCUGGAGUCACAGGAGAAAAUCAGACCUCCAAUUCCAAGGACACUAAAGAUACGGAGCAGUUUUCAGCUAAUGACCUCAUCCCAUCUCCAAAACUAAAGCCCUCUCAAGGAAUGCCAGUCAAUGAUGAUUUAUGUUUUAGCAAAAAAAGGUCAAGAAACUUAUUUCAGAGUAGUCGGGAUUUUAACUCAGAUUCAAUUCCUACGUGUGGUAAUGUAUAUACUAGCCUAAAUUUUGGCAGUAAGACACAGCAAACAUUUGGUAGUCAAACAGAACGAACUUCUUCAUACUCUGGUUCAAAUACAAGCCCAGGACCCUUUAUUCUUCCAUCCUAUGCUCUCUCAUCUCCUCGAACUAGUCCAAAGCACACAUCUCCUCUUUCUGUAUCUCCAAAGAAAUCUCAAGAUAAUUCCACUAGUUUCUCAAAUUCUUGGCCUCUUAAAAGCUUUGAAGGACUAUCAAAGCCAAGUCCACAGAAAAAACUUGUCAACCAGAAAUCAUCUGACCCUAUAGGAGAAAAUUCUCAAGAAAAAAUUACGCCAGUUCAACUUACACCUGCCUUGGUGAGAUCACCUUCUUCCCGAAGAGGCCUAAAUGGGACAAAGCCUGUCCCUCCCAUACCUAGGGGAAUAAGCCUUUUGCCUGAUAAAACUGACUUAAGCACAGUAGGACACAAAAAGAAACAACCUGAUGAUAUUUGGAACAGUGAAAAAGAUAGUCUUACAAUUGAUCUUUCAGAAUUGAAUUUCAGGGAUAGAGAUUUGGACCAAGAAGAGAUGCAAAGCUCUCUUAGGUCCCUUCGUAAUAGUGCAGCUAAGAAAAGAGCCAAGCUGAGUGGCGGCAGCAGCACC